AUGUCGGCACCCGGCCUGGAUUCGGCGCCUGGUUCCGCCGUUCAAUAUGCCUACAUGUUUGAGAAGAACAAGGGCCCGACAAAGCAGCUCGACGCCCUCUUGAGGGCCAUCGCCCGCCACACUAUCCUCGAGCUUGGCGACAAGACCGACUCCUACCUGACGCCCACCAAGCUGGCCGCAUUCUACCAGGCCGUCGGCGGUGACUAUGACACCCUCUUCGUCGAUACGCCUUACGCCUCCCUCUCCUUGAUCUGGCAGGCCACUGGCUGCCAGCACACGCUUCAACCUACCCACGAUGACUUCGCUCCGCCUAUAAUCCCCGCCCUAACUAUGCGAGGUUUCUCGCGCUGGGAGUCGCUUGAGAUCUUACUAGGUCCUGAGGAGCAUGUCCCGUUUAUGCAGUAUGCAGUUAAAAACUGGGACUUAAGGCACCCCGAGACAGGCGAGGCCUUUCCACCUGACUUGCCAGCCUGUAUGUUCCCUACCGAGGCCGACAUAGACGUCGACCGUUGGCAUAAGUCUUGUGCCGCGAAUGCCACUGGCAGCCACCAGCAGCCCGAGCCUAGCCGGCCAGGACGGUCUCCGCACCGCGAUGACGCCGCCAAAGAACGAAUAAGGCGGCGGCGGCGUCCGCGGACCUUACGCCGAUUUAUGCCUCCUGCUGCACCUUUACCACCGUCGGCCACCCAGAACGUAUCAACUUUAUCUCACUCGCAUGAUUCAGACAUACGGUCAGACGAGACCAAGAAGCGCAACGAGCCAAGCCCGCUUGGCUCGCUGCGUGAUAAGUUGAGCGAGGCCGUCUCAAGCAUGUUACCCAACCGACUGACAUCGGAUCGGCCCAUGACCAGAUCUUCGUUUGACCGAGUACGCGGUCAAGAUACAAGCGAACCACUCCAUGCAACGGAGAGGAAGGAGGCAAAUAGCGUGCCUGUCAGCGCUGACAGCGGGACAAGCAGCAACAUCAAGAGUCUAACAUCAAUCAGCAAUAGCACCUUGAGUCCAUCGAGCAGCAUACGAGAAGUACUGGCGCACGAGAAUGUCGAUGUGCUCGCCACCUUUUUGGAACAGCGCUUCACUCAGAUUGCACGCGGAGAUUAUGCCUGGAUGGCCGAGCUUAGAGAUGUUGGAUACACUCACGCUGAGAUUGCCCAGCUGCUCUACGAGAGGACUCACGACUCCCCAUGGAUCUACUUUGAACCAAAAGAUAUUCCGUCGGCCGAAGUCAUGCCCGGCCACCACUUGGAUGGCUGCGCGCAUCGCAUCUCGGGAACCUUACCCGGUAGAGAUCGUGUUUCUUGGCCACCACCGAGGUCAGAUCAGGACCGGGAACUGAUACGAAUAAUCGAAGAGCUGUGUGGGCUGGGAGGCGUUUGUCCAUCGUCGCGAGACGCGGCGUCUUGGAAUCGAACGACUGAGUUCCAAGAGCAGAAUUCAGUUGCAUUACUCCGCUAUCGAGCACCAACAUCAAUCACCCGGCCCACCACUUCCGACACUCUAUCUCAGCUGAUUCAAGUCGGCUUGAGAUUCAAUACCGCCGUUCGCGCAAUCCAGGACGCUGGGCUUUGCUGUAACUCCUUCACUGUGUUAGGCAUCUGCAAAACACCAUCAGAUGCCACUGGUCAUCAGCUGCGACUGACGCGUCUCGACUUUUCGCUUGGAGGGCGCAUCAUCAACUAUCUGCGGGACUUAGAUCACCGCCGUGCCGACGACCCGGGGCGACAGCACACCAUCAGCUUGCUGCGAACACAGUCCCAGGAAAUCAUAAGCCAGGCCGUUGGUGAUAGCUACGAACACAACAUCAAUGGCGCAGACGUUUUUCACAUGUCUUCUUUGGCUCUUCAGUUUCUCUGCGUAGGCUUUCUUUCCUAUGCGCAAGCUCAUAUUGGAGCGUUACAACCCUUCUUUCUAGAUACGCCACUCCAACGGAUCGUUCUCCUUGGCACAGACAUCUCAUCUAACCCUGAUGUGUACAUUACAGCCAGACUUGUCCAACUGACUUGCCUUGCCGGUAUGUGCCAAGGCCCAGUACUUGCCUUUGAUGGUCCGACGUCACCAAAAGGCACUUCUGGAGAAUGGACUAGGAGAUACGACGUUCGCGCGCUUCCCGAGGACGUUUUGGAUACAUGGGGUCCGGGCGAGCUCGUGUCUUGGCCGGGUGAUAUAGAUUCGCCGCUUGCCAUCAAGGUUGGCGGAGGAUAUAUAAGUCCUCCAUCGCAUGGUGAUGGGACCGACAAGUAUCACUGGGACCGUUCGAUUAAGAUGCCCGCGGCGUCUUCAUCCAUAGACAUGAAGCAAGAAAUCCUCAUCGGAGGCCUGGUCACCGUCAACACCCUCUGCGGAAACGACGAGGGAACAUGUUGGAAGGCAUCAUCAAGGAGGUUUGAAGAACUCGGGACAUACAGCUCGUAUUCAGAACCGAUCGAAUACCAGCUCGGCCUUCAAGGUGGUCCUGACCACUUAGCCAUCACCACCAACAAGGUAUGGGCAAAGCGGCGGGGCAAAACAGUCAAAGCUAGGAAUCUCGAACGCGACGAUUUCAUGCUGGUGCCAUUUCUGGACUUCUACUGGGGCGUCAGGGUCAGCUUCUGCACUGGAGUGGCCCAACGUGUUUUACUGAGACAACUAGUGGCAGACCUGCUCCCAGCAUUUGCAAAGUCUCUGACGAGCAAGCAGAUGAAGGCUUGGUGGGCAGAGUUGGAGUCUGAAAACCGGAUCCUUGGAAUAUUCCAUGAUAGACAGCAGCCUCUCUCUGACUGGCUUUGUAGCCUGUCUGAGGAUCAUUACCGAUUCGUACUUGGUCUCAUCCGGCUGGUGUUGGGGACUCUUCAGGACACAGGCCUCAGUCCAGAGGGCGGCCACUUUGUGGUUGCAUGGCCCCAGGACGGCGUUGUCAACCGGUGUUUCCGGAUGUCGCUGGACGAACACAACAAGUGGACGCCGAUGCUGGCCGACUCGGACGACUGUGCGACCUUCGCGUACAUGUCCAACGUGUGCCUUGAAGCAGGGGCUAUUGUAUGCCGCGGCCCCAAUCCGACUUGGCAGGAUCGGAUAUGCCUCCUCGAAACCGCCGUGCUUUGCCCGACCAGCGCUGAGCCUUGGACAUUGUGCCACGAGCAGACGUACUUUUUUCACAAAUUGGACAACAAUCUGUUUUGGGUCAAGGCCCAGAGAGACGCUGCAAGAGAAGCAUUGCCUGUGUCCCUAAUGAGGCUCAUUUCCGUGCAGUCCCUCCCGCAGGAUAUCCGAUACAGGUUACUAUUCAAAGAGGAACAAAAGAGGCAACGACGAUUGCGCGAAAAAGAUCUUCAGUCUGUUCCCGCCGAGCUUGUGCUUAUAUUGUCUCGGAAGAUGUAG